AUGUCCCAGGCCAUCGCACCCACGCGCUCGUCGUCGCUAGCCUCCCAGCCGCCACGACGACCGACGCGCGAUGUGCCGCCCCCGCCGCCCGAAUCACCGCCGCCGGCUCCCGCGCCGUGGUUGCCGAGCGCGAACGUUGGGUCGAGCGUGCUAGGCGACGAGGAGGUCGUCCCCCGGGCAGCGUCUCCUGAGCCCGAACCGGCAGAACGGGCCCAGUCGCUGGAGCUGACUGCUAUACGGGCGCACUACCUGAAGAAGACGCUGAUUCAACUGCAAUUCCACGCGGAGAUACUGUCGCUCGUGUCGCCCAACCCCUCGGGAAUAUCCACCCUCUCCUACCUCGGCCCGCCAUUUACUCGACCACCGAAAGAUGACCGCGCACCGCUGGACAUGCCCUUCCUGCGCUACGUCUUCCGGCAGUUCAUAUUGACGUUCCCGUUCCUGUCCAACGUCCCGCCCGACUUCUUCCCCGACAAGGUCCAGCCGUUCGUCUCGUCCCUCCUCACGCGCUCCAUAUUCUCCCCCACGUCUAUAUUCGGAGAUGAGGAGCAGGACGAGGACACGCAGAGCACGGCCAAGCUGCUCAACAAGGCCGAGCGCUCGUCGGCUUUGCUCCUCAACUACGCCGUCAAGAUCGCAGAGCCCGAGCAGGUCGUGCGGUUGACGCAGCAGGAUCUGGCCAGGCUCGAGACGCUGGCGAGGAGGAGAGCGGCCAGGGCAUCGAGGAAGGCGGACGUGUUUGAUGUGAAUAUUAUUGGUGUGCGGGCGGUGACGGAGAAGGGGCGCGUCAGGAGCCGGGUGCAUGAGGAGUUUAUUAUUCGGCUCAGGAGGUCGAGGCAGCAGGACGUCUAUGUGUCGAGGAGGUACGGUGACUUCAAGACUCUAUCCGACGAGUUGCGCAAGCGCCACCCGGAAGAGUUCAUCAAACCACCUCCAGCCAAAGAUCGUACAUACGCAACAGCUCCCACAAACAACACCCUCUCGCCCACACCUUCCAGAGACAGCGCCGACUCCCUCCCGAUCUCCCCCACAUCCCCAACCUACGGCGGUACACCCCAAAGCCGGCUCGCCCGCGAGAAGAACAGGCUGACACUGCGCGCCUAUCUCCACGCGCUGCUCGCGUUGCCCGCUGUAGCUGGCAGCCCGGUCAUGGCCAGCUUCCUCACGAGCGGCGCGAUCCAGCUCAGCCCAUACGAGCUUGACGAUGCGCGUAGGCGUGAGGAGAUGGACAGGCAGCGCGACGAGGGGCGCAAGCACUUCGCGGAUGAAGUUGCCGCGCGCGUCGAUCAGCUGCGAGGGACGCUCAAGAACUUCAAGGGCGAUGUUCUCGGCAAGGAUGGCCUCACACAUCUUUUCGCGGUGAUCAAGACGACCGAGAACGUACGCGACCUGCCGCCCGACUUCCAAGCCGUCAUUGAAUGGGGCCGCAUAUCCCUCGCGUCGACCGUGUUCCAUCACUACGUCGCCUCAGACGACGCCUCAGAGUCCAUAGCGGGCCUCAAACGCAUACACGGUCUCAUGCCCUACUUCCUCCUGAAAUCGGCAUUGAAGAUUUCGAACCCGGUCGGCAUGAUCCGCGCCGUCCUCGAACUCUUCACCGCGCAGCCUUUCGGCGGUCGGUCGCUUUUGCAGCGGAUGUUCACGAGCUCGCUGUACGAGGACGUCAAGGCGAUUCAGGAAGAGAUCGCCGCUGUCACCGAUAAAGUCGACGAUCCGGUCCUGUGCGAGAAGGUUCGGACGUUCGUGUAUGCGCCCAGGGAAAUACAGGCGAUAUACCGCGCAGACGCCGAGGCGGAGGGCAUCAACAUCCUGACAGCCGUCCUCCGCUCUCCCGAAGCGCCGCAGCUAUCUCGAGCGCAGAUGCACAGGGUCUUAAGAGCGCACAGAGCCCACGCGGAGUACAUGCGCUCGAAAGCCGAGCUGGCCGACAGCGACGACGACGACGGCCCGCAAGACGAGGACGCCUGGCUCUUCGAAGACCUGUCCAUCCUCGCGAAGCUCACGAGCAAGCUCCGCGACAAAGAGCAGCUCAUCGAGCUCAUAUUCGAGGGCACGACCGCGGACCUGCUCAAGGACAUCAUCACGAUCUUCUACGCGCCGCUCGCGCAGGUCUACCGCGCGGCCAGCAUCGCGGACAGCAUAGGCGACCUGCAGACGUUCAUCAAUGAUCUGAUAAGGACGGUGGACAGCGCGGAGGAGCUCACGCAGGAGGAUCCGAGGCGGACGGUGCAGAUCUUUAUUGAUCUGAUUGGAAGGCACGAGCAGGCGUUUUAUUCGUUUGUGCAUAAGGUGCAUUCGAAGGGCGAGGGGCUGUUCAGCGCGCUGUUGCGGUGGAUAGAGCUGUUCUUGACUGUCGCGCGCGAGGGAUUGGGGCAGGGAGAGCGGAUCCCGCUCGAGGUGUUGCUACCGCAUUCUGGACAGGAACGCGCGGAUAUCCUCGCGGAAGUCGAUGCGGUCGCCCUAUACCAUUACCGGUUGAAAGUGGCGUACGAGACGAAGCUCCGCAGACGGUUCGGACAGGCGGCCGGUGGACCAACAGCCGAAGACGAAGCGGCCGCGGCCAUCGUCGACGGCUUCGUGCGCGAUUUCAGCUAUGGGGAUAUUAUGAAAGGUGAUGCGGAGGAAGUUGCCGCCGAAGACGAUCGGGACGAGGAAGAUUCGGACGAGGAGGAGGAGGAGAGCAGUAGUGGGGACGAAGAGGAUAGCGAUACGGAUAGCUAUGAGACGGCUACGACUGAAAGCGAGAGUCAGCCGGCGACUGCUACGCUUGCGCGCGCGAAGACUAUGCCGUUCCCUGCUCCUGCGUCUUCGUCCAGACCGGGCUCGAGGCAGUCGCAGGCACAGGAGGACGAUAAGACGCCUACGCCUUCAAUGCGUACACCGUCCUACGUCGCGCAACCGCAGCCUCAACCUGCCCAACAACAACCUCAACCUCAGCCGCAACAACAGAAGACAGGCCGCCAACGUCUUCUCUCACUAACAUCCUCCAACCCCCUCCGCCGCGCCCGCUCGAUGACAUUCGACGGCUCGAAAGAAACAUCGCCCACAUCCCGGCACUCAAUCGACGCCCCGCCCGUCCCCGCCGUGCCCGCCCAUCUCUCCCGCGGCAAACCUUUGCCCGCACACCCAGCACAGGGUAAACCAGGCUUCGAGCGCCCGCCACCUCCACCUCCCAAAGCCUCGAGCUCGCGCUCGAGCUUACUGUCCACGCAAAGUCAAAGUCAAAGCCGAUCCCAGUCUCUGGCGCGUGGGAGUCCGCCUACAACUGCGAGACCGGGUGGGAAGGGUAAGGAGGCUGAUAGGAGCCGGUCGAGGAGCGCUGUGAGGAGCCCGCCGAAGAGUCCGAGGAAGGAGAGGGCGCCGGCUGCGAAGAUGCCCGAGUUGACGAAGGUGCCGGAGUUGUUGCCUUUGUUCGUUGAGAUGAUGCGUCCUAUGCUGCGUCCGAGGUCGUAA